AUGAAGAAAAAGGGCAUCCAAUGGAGCCCGGUUGAGUUCAAUUUUGAAAACAAGGACUUGACCGUUGAGGUGAGUCGAAUUGAAACUUGCAUCUCUAACACCUCUCUCUCUCUCUCUCUCUCUCUCUCCAUCUUCUCAAAUCAAAUCUACGUUUCAUUGCUACUCUAUACCAUGAGACGCCAUGGCUGGCAACGCCCUCUCCACCCCUUGCAGUUUGUGGGCGCGGCAGUGUACGCUUUCCUGGUAGUGUGUUUCUACACCUUCCUCGGACUUUUCCUUGGAAACCGAACCGCCGAGUUAACACUCACCCUCACGUUUUCCUUCGUGGCUAUUUCCGUAAUGUUUCUGUUCGUGAGGUGCACCGCGAUCGACCCCACGGACAGGACCAGCUUCCGGAAGAAGAAGAAGAAGAAGAGAGGGACGUCGAAUGCGAUUCCGAAGCUGAAUUACGGGUUCAUUCUUGGGCAGAUUGUGAUGAGGUUUUUCAGGAGGGUGGAGAGGAAGUUGCUGAGGACGUUCAUUAAGAGGAAGUACCUUGAUCCCUUGAAGAUAAGUCCACAAAUGGAGCCUCUCUUGCCAUUCCCCCUUGUCAUGAAGGACGAUGAUGAUGCCAUUGCCCCUAAUCUCAAAGAGGAUGACAUCUCGUUUUGUGCACUUUGUGAUUUUGAGGUGAAAAAGCAUAGUAAGCACUGCAGGACUUGCAAUCGCUGUGUUGAAGGGUUUGAUCACCAUUGCAGGUGGCUGAAUAACUGUGUUGGAAAAAAGAACUACACAACCUUCUUUCUUCUCAUGAUUUUCGUGCUUUUAAUGCUCUUGAUUGAAGGAGGAACUGCGAUUGCUAUAUUUAUCAGGUGUUUUGCUGAUAAAAGGGGAAUAGAAAAGGAGCUUCAGAAGAAACUUUAUAUAGAAUUUCCAAGUGGAGUUCUUGCCGCCAUAUGUGUCUUGCUUCUCUUAUUGACAGCUUAUAGUUCAGCAGCGUUAGGGCAGCUUUUCUUCUUUCAUGUGGUUCUUAUACGAAAGGGAAUGAGAACCUAUGACUAUAUUCUAGCCAUGAGAGAAGAGAAUGAAGCCAUGGAAUUGGAAUCAUUAGAUGAUUCUGAUUUCUCUUCAGAGGAGAGCUUCGAUUUUGACUCGCCCGAAAAGCCGACACUGAUGUCCAAGUUUCUAUGCAAAGGAAACCAGAGCUCACCUAGGUUGUCAAUCAGGAUUGAAGGAGAAACUGAACCUUCCCCCUUGAUCAAGACAAAGAAGUUCCAUGUGAGCAUUAACCCAUGGAAACUCAUAAAGUUGACCAGGGAAAAAGCCCUACUGGCAGCUGAGAAGGCCAGGGAAAAGCUUUCGAAAGAAAAGCCAACGGGGGAACAUAACUCGUUAAAACCUCUUCCAUUGGAAACAAAAUGCGGACCAUUGAUGAAUGCUGAUAAAACUGGUGACACUGAGGAUUUUUGCUCAACAUCUUUUACAGCGAAAGGGAGACUUACUGGAUCACCAGGAAAGUUCACAAGCCCGAGAAGGAGAUUUUCUGCUGGCUCAUCAUCUACGAUGUUUUGUAGCAGCUUGAUAGCAUCUCCACAUCACAAAUAUAGAAGCAGUUUCGACUUGAAAUUAACAGAUGUGUCCAGGGAGCUCGAAACACAUAUUUCAAGGCAGGUUCUAUGUUCAGUUAUCAGCAAAGAUGAUAGCGAGGCAUCCCCAAGAAGCCUUGUAUCUUAG